UCAGUGUGUGUGUGUGUGUGGUCUCUUCCUCUCAUUCAGUGCGACGUUUUAUUAAACUUGUAAGAUGGCGACGGUUCAUCUGCGGAUCGGGGACCUGGUGUGGGGGAAGCUGGGCCGGUACCCUCCAUGGCCGGGAAAGAUCGUCAGUCCUCCCAAGGACCUGAAGAAGCCCAGAGGCAAGAAAUGUCACUUCGUCAAGUUCUUUGGAACCGAGGACCAUGCCUGGAUCAAAGUGGAGCAGCUGAAGCCCUACCACCCCCACAAAGAGGAAAUGAUCAAGAUAAAUAAAGGAAAGCGCUUCCAGCAGGCGGUGGAUGCAGUGGAGGACUUCCUGAAGAAAGCAAAGGGGAAGGAACAGAACUCCGAGGGCAAAGGAGAGUCCAAAGGGAAGAAGACGGUUCAGAAGCCCCUGAAGAUCCUGGAGGAGGACGACGAGGACCUGAGCGCUCUGAAGGACCCGUCGGAGAAGGACUUAACUGACUCUGACCCCGAGCCGUCCACUCUGGAGAGGCUGGGGGCCGGACCCGGCUCCGGAUUCAAAUGGGAGACCAGCCCUGUGAAGGACGACCCGCACUUCCACCACUUCCUGCUCAGCCAGUCUGAGAAGCCAGCCUCGUCCAUGGAGCCCAUCAGCAAGCGCCUGAAGAUUAUUGAGGAGGACUCAGGCUCCACAUCAAUCCAAGCAGCAGACAGCACAGCCAUCAACGGCAGCAUCACACCCACAGACAAGAGAAUAGGCUUCCUGGGUCUGGGCCUGAUGGGCAGCGGUAUCGUUUCCAACCUGUUGAAGAUGGGUCACGUGGUCACAGUGUGGAACCGCACGGCAGAGAAGUGCGACCUGUUCAUCCAGGAGGGGGCUCGGUUAGGCCGGACCCCCGCCGAGGUGGCCUCCAUGUGCGACAUCACCUUCUCCUGCGUGUCAGACCCCAAGGCGGCUCGAGACUUGGUGUUGGGGCCCAGUGGAGUCCUGCAGGGCAUCCGGCCGGGGAAAUGCUACGUGGAGAUGUCCACCGUGGACCCAGAGACCAUCACAGAGCUGUCACAGGUGAUCACGUCGCGGGGCGGCCGCUUCCUGGAGGCGCCGGUGGCGGGAAGCCAGCAGCUGUCUAACGACGGGAUGCUGGUCAUCCUGGCGGCCGGAGACCGGACGGUGUACGAGGACUGCAGCAGCUGCUUCCAGGCCAUGGGCAAGACCUCCUUCUUCCUGGGAGAGGCGGGGAACGCGGCGAGGAUGAUGCUGAUCCUCAACAUGGUGCAGGGCAGCUUCAUGGCCACCAUCGCAGAGGGCCUGACCCUGGCUCAGGCCACCGGCCAAUCACAGCAGACCUUCCUGGACAUCCUGUGCCAGGGCCAGAUGGCCAGCACCUUCGUGGACCAGAAAUGCCAAAAUAUUUUGCAGGGCAACUUUAAGCCGGACUACUAUUUGAAGCAUAUUCAGAAGGACCUGAGGUUAGCCAUCUCCAUGGGCGACUCGGCCAACCACCCGACUCCGAUGGCCGCCGCCGCCAACGAGGUGUACAAGCGGGCGAAGGCUCUGGACCAGUCGGACAACGACAUGUCGGCGGUGUACCGAGCCUACAUCCACUAGAGGCAGGCGUGAGCGUCCGCCGGGCCGCAGUCUUUCACCUGCUUCUUUCUCCUCCUCUUCUAAUCACCUGUUUUUUUUUUUUUUUUGUUUUUAAUUCUACUGCUUUUUGUUUAGUUUGUUUUUGCCCCAGUGCCAGCCCCCCUCCCUGCCCCUCUCGUCCCGGGUUCCACCCCCUGGAGCUUUGCACUGACUGUCUGGGGCGGCCGGGGCGUGGGGAGGGGGGAGGGGGGGGCGGAGGAACACGUUAGAAGGAGCUGGGCGUGCCGGAAACGCGCCGCCGAGUUCUGUGGAUGCAGAAACCUUUAAGAAGUUUUUCUUUCUUUUCUCUCUUUUUUUUUAAUUUUAAUGUGCAUACGGCGAGUUUAUUUAAUUGAGUGUGAUCUUUGCUUUUCUUUUAAAAUGCCCAGGAGUCCCUGAGAGAAAGCGGCGAGCACACGCCACUGCAUUGCCUUAAUAUUGUAACCCCGCCCCCUUCCGGGUCUUUCAAUACGAGAUGUAUUUAUUUAUGUUUGGGAGGUCUCCUGGGCGAGCCGCUCUCUCCGCAGGUCACGGCCUCACGAUGCAGUAACAAUCCACAUUUCUCACAACCUUGCUCCUGUCGUUUGGAAGAGUUCUCAUUUCUUUUGUGUUUCCUUCCUUUUUUGAAGAAAAAAAGAAAAAAGGAAGCUGAAGUUUAGACGAGUCCACGUUUUCAGUUGUAUUUUAACUAAAGAUCAUAGCUAAGCCCAGACAUUGGUGUUUUUUGUUUUUCUCACUGACUGAAGCAAAAGAUGGAGAACGUCGCCCCCUAGUGGCUGGCUGCCUCAUAAGCUCCGCCCAUCACAGCGACAGGAAGUCCAAACAUGGCUCACCAAGAAAAAAGAGUUUUAUUUCCAUUCGAGGAUAACAGGUGUCAUGACUACAGAGAAUUAUUAGAUAGAAUGUAAAGACCAUGAGAUAUGUAUAUAGGAACAAACUGCUGACCUUCACUGAAUUCAGAGGAAAAAAAAGAAUUUUCUAAAUGAAUUUAAAGGAAAAAAAAAAUCUAAAUGUUGACAUUGAUUUUGUAAUUUUCAGGAGAAAAAGUCUAAACUCUGACUUGAACCGUACCGUCGAGGAAAGAAUGACAUCUCUGAAAUAAAUCAUGUAAAUUUGAGGGAAAAUGUCAAAUUCUGGUUGAAAAUCUCAUUUUAAAAAGGUAAAAAUCCUGAUUUUGUCCCUGAUCCUCGUCUGUCAGGCUCAUCAGGAAGCAGGUAGUUUCAUCACGUCUGAAGACUUUUUCUCCUCCUCUCAGGACGGUUUUCAUCCCAUCUGCACCCGUUUCUGAUUUCCUCUGAGCGAAGUCCCCGACAUGAGGGCCAGUGAUGCUCUAUAAACUCCUCCGCUGCUUCCGCCUCGGUGAAGUCCAUGAAAUCAAAGCUUCAGGAGGCUGAGCGUGAAGCUGGAGGUCAGAGGUCAGACCCGCUGAAGUGGCUGAGCUCGUCGAUCCACACAGACGUGGUUUAUUGGCUGAAUCGACCCAGGUUUGGGAUGAAACGAGCGAAUGAAUCGGAGACGCGGCGGUCUGUUCUUAACGUCCGGCCCGCUGAUUGCAGCAGGGAACGUCUGUUAAACGCACCGAACUGAACCCCGAGCACAAGACGGCUUUUCUCUUCAGUCGAGUGAAGAAAGACUGAAAACAUUUCGUGCUUUUCCUUCAAAACGACUUUUUCACAGCAGACUUGGGUUUUUGUCUGAUCCCUCAUGAACAUCACAUCGGCUCACGAAGACAGUAAACAAGAUGAAAACUCAACAAGUAGUUUUAAAAACCUGCAUCAGGUUUGUUCAAGCUCCAGAAAUCAUCUGAAACCACAGAAACAUGAAAACACGCUUCAUUGAUCAGUCUUUUAAAAUCUGAAACCAAAAUGUCCUUUUCAUAUUCAGAUUAUUUUCAUUUAUUUAGAUUUAUUUUAAAUUUAAUCUUAUAGAUCAUGAAGAUUCAAAGUAUUGACCAAUUUUUAUGAGCUCAGAUGAAAUAUCUUUUUAAAACAAUGCCUUCCUCUUUUCAGUU